ACGGGGCCCAGUAGUCUCUAGUCAUCAAUUCCACCACGUUACCACGACUGGGGAUCAUCACGAAGUGACGUCACUGGGUCUUUUUCUCCCUCUCUCUUUCGAUUAGGACCGUCCGUUCUUCGCCAGGAUGAAGACGGAGGUGUUCUGUCUCCUAAUUUGUCUCGGCAUCGUCGCCGCCCUGACAAGAAAACAAGAGGCUGCCGAACAAAGUCGUCGUAAGGCCGCUUCGGCAACAACACCGAAACAAACAGCAGAGGAAGAGUACGAAGACGACGACGAGCUACUGGAUCAAUGUCCGGAACCUAACGGCUACUUCCCGGACGCGGAGCAAUGCGACAAAUAUUACGACUGCCGUGAUAGCAAGAUCACCGAAAAACUGUGCCCGGACGGUCUCGUUUUCAACGAUUUCAGCCCCCAACACGAAAAGUGCGAUCUGCCGUUUGGAAUCGAUUGUAGCAAGAGGCCCAAACUACAGAAACCUCAACCGUCGCCGCAUUGUCCCCGCAUGCAUGGCUAUUUCGCCCAUGAGGACACGAGAAACUGCAACACCUUUUAUUAUUGCGUGGAGGGCAAGUACAACAUGAUUACCUGCCCGGACGGGUUGGUAUUCUCCGAAAAGACCGGUAUAUGCAACUGGCCGGACGAGGCACAAAAGAAGGGUUGCGGUUCCCGCGAGCUCUUCAACUUCACGUGCCCUAAGGUCGACGAUUCCGUGGCAGCCACGCACCCGCGCUAUCCUGACAGCGAAGACUGUCAAUACUUCUACGUGUGCGUCAAUGGCGAGAUACCCAGGCGAAGCGGAUGCAAGCUCGGCCAAGCUUUCGACGAACGCACCGGCAAGUGCGACUGGGCCAGGAAGAUACCCGAAUGCAAAGACUGGUACAAGGAUCAACUAACUGACAAAGAACUCGACGCUUUGGAGAACCCACCACCGAAGCCCAAACCUACAGGUGGACCCAGUAGAAGAAAAGGCAGUAGACCGACCAUAGGGUCGAGUCAUAGAUUAGAUUAAAUUAGUUUUGUAGGUCUUUAACGCACACUCUCUCUCUCUCUCUCUCUCUCUCUCUCCCUAUUUUUAAAUCGCCUCAUUGUACAAUAAAUUUACCUUUACUACAAAUA